UUACUAGACCUUACGCAACACAUUAACUAUAUAUAAAGUUUUCCUCUCCUAUCCGACGAACGUGUUUUUGGGAAGAAAAACAACAAUUAAUCAAAUCGGGUUCCAAUGAACGUAAUAAGACAAAGAUUGUUACACACACUGCGGGGCGAUGUCUUCCCAACAGAAGCAUUGAAGAAAAAGGCAUUGGAAUUGGAGAAGAAGAGGAAGAAGAGGGCUUCCAAGACCAAAGACCAGUUUAUCGUUACAGUUCCCGAAUCCUUAUCCUACCUCGACACCGCAUCUCUGCCCAUGAUCGGCGUUGCUGUUGGCAUUGCAGUUUUCGCCAAACUUCUCAUGAUGUUAGAUGAAUCGAGGUCCCAAGAGUUGUUGGAGCGUAGGAUAAAGAAUGCUCCAGAAGGUCAAGGUACUGUGAGAAUGCUCAGCCGUGAGGAGUGGGACAAGGUUCGGGAACUCAGGCCUAGAACUCCGUAUGAGUCCAAGUUUUCUCGUCCCAAUUCUAGAAUCAGAACUGGAGAAAAAUUGCGUUUGGAGGAUGUAAAGGAUUGGACAAUUGAUGUUUUCAUGGAUGGUGUUGCCAGAGCUGAAGAGUAUGGUAAACAACAUGGUUCUAAGUAAUGUGAUAUGUUAUAAGCUUAACCUUUGUAUUACCCGUUAAUUAAGUUUAUUAGGUGUUGUGGUGAUUUAUGUUAUGAGAUGGUGUGUAAGUAUAUUAACUACCUCAAUAACCUUCAUUUUCAACCUGGAAAAUUGCCUGAACUCUUUGGCAAACAUGCAACCAAAUUUAAAAUGGUAUAUCUUUAUGUAACUAUGUUCUUUUAUGCACUCUUAGUCAUAAGAAAAUAAAGGAUAACUAGUGGUUUACACUUAUGGAAUAA